AUGGACGCCGCCGUCGCGCCCUCCGACGUGUACCACGCGCUCGAGCCGUCCACGGGCCACACGGCGUCGGGGGCCGCCGCCGCCCACGGCGACCGCCCGACGCUCGCGACGCGGGACAGCUCCGGCCGCGCGUCGGCCAUUGCCGCCGCCGCCACGUCGCCGUACGAACCCGCGAGCGACUACCGCGUCGUCCCCCUCCCCCGUACGUACCCCCACGAGACGCCGUCGUCUCCGUCUCGUCCUCUCCCGGCGUUCUGCUCGAACGUCGUGAUCACGUCCAAGUACACGACGUGGAACUUCCUCCCCGUCUUCCUCCUCGAGAGCUUCCGCAAGUUGGCCAACGCCUACUUCCUCCUCGUCUCCGUCCUCCAGUGCAUCCGCAGCAUCAGCAACACGGCCGGUGUGCCCACGACGCUGCCCGUGCUCGUGCUCAUCCUCGCGGUCGACGCCGUGCUCGCGAUCAUUGAAGACCGGCGACGCCACGUGGCCGACGGACACGCGAACUCGGCCCAGUGCCACGUGCUGAAGAGCGCCUUCACGGGCGCAGCAGACGCGUUGCAGAGCAACGCGACCGCUCUGACCACCGGUGCCGAAGCCGAAGAGGACGUUACCGACGACGAGGCCGUGAUCCAGUGGGCAGCGCUCACAGUGGGGUCGGUCGUCAAGCUCUACAACCGCGAGAUGGCUCCUGCGGACCUCUUGAUUUUGGCCGUCGCCGAGCCAAAGCCACAGGCGCCCGCUGGGAUUUGCUACGUCGAGACAAAGAGUCUCGACGGCGAGACGAACCUCAAGCUGCGGCACGCGUGCGACGCGACAAUGCACGUGCAGACCGCUGCGCAGGUCGCGGCGCUCGCGGGACAGCUGCGGUGCGAGAACCCGAACAAAGCUAUUGGCCGCUUUGACGGCACGUUGCUCGUGACCGACGGCAGCGCAGGCGCGUCGGACGGGCAGCCGCAGCCGAUUGCCAUGAAGAACGUGCUGCUGCGGGGCUGUCAGCUGCGCAACACGGACUGGAUCUACGGCCUCGUUGUGAACACGGGGCCCGACACGAAGAUCAUGCAGAGCGCAACGGCGGCACGGGCCAAGUGGAGCUCGAUCAAUGAGACUGUGAACAAGAUGAUCAUCUGGCUGUUCCUGCUGCUGUGUCUGUUUUGCGCGCUUUCGGCGACGCUGCAAGUGGUGUGGCUCGACAGUCACAUUGAUGCCAGUUGGUACUUGAGCUGGGCGCCUGCGCUCGCGAGCCAGUGGUUUGUCGGGUUUGGCUACUACUUUCUGCUCAUGUAUCAAAUGAUUCCGGUCUCGCUGUACGUGACUAUCUCGGUGGUCAUGUUUAUCCAGGCGAUCUUUAUGACGUGGGACGUCGACAUGUACUACGAGCCAACAGAUGCGCGCAUGCUCGUGCGCUCGAUGGGACUGAACGAAGAGCUGGGGCAGAUUUCGUACGUGUUUAGCGACAAGACGGGCACGCUGACGUGCAACGUCAUGGAGUUCCGCAAAUGCUCGAUCAACGGCGUGUUGUACGGGACCGGCACGACAGAGAUUGGGCGUGCAGCACUGCGUCGAAAGGGCGUUGCGAUACCCACAGACACGGAAUCGGUUUCGUCACUGCAUCGUGCCACUGUCCCGUACGUCAAUUUCGAAGACGCGCGGUUGUUUAGCGCACUGGAGCGGCCGAUGACGGACGACUCGCCGAACCGUGAAGCUGAGUUUUUCUUGCACUUGAGCCUGUGUCAAACGGUCAUUCCGGAGACUGUUGAAGAUAGCGGUGAAGUGCGCUUUUCGGCCUCGUCACCUGACGAACAGGCGCUCGUUUCAGGCGCCAAGUUUUUUGGGUUUAGUUUCGAGUCGCGCGGUUUGGGCGUCGCUCGUGUGCGCGUGAAACGUCCGGACCUGAUUCGUCGCUACGCCAAUGGCUACCUCGGUCCGAACGCUUUGCUGGAGUUCAAGAUCUUGGACGUCUUGGAGUUUACGAGUGAUCGCAAGCGGAUGUCAGUUGUGGUGCAAUAUCCCAAUGGAGAGUACUGGGUGCUCACGAAGGGAGCUGACAACGUGAUUUUUCCCAUGCUGGCUAAGAACAAGAGUAACCCUGGAUUAUUGAAGGAGACGAAGCGUCACUUGGAGACUUUUGGCGAUGAUGGGUUGCGUACGCUUACGAUUGCGCAGCGACGUGUGGGCGAGAAGGAGUAUUUGAACUGGAGUGCACGUUUUAAGAAGGCGAACUCUUCGCUAGAAGAAAUUGACAAGCGCAAGAAUGGCCAGCCGAACGAAAUUGACAAGCUAAUGAUAGAGAUUGAGCGUGAUCUGGAAAUGCUUGGUGCAACAGCGAUUGAAGACAAGCUGCAAAACAAUGUGCCUCGAUGCAUUGCUAAUCUCAUGCGCGCGGGUAUGCGAGUGUGGAUGCUUACGGGAGACAAGCAGGAGACUGCCAUCAACAUUUCGUACGCGUGUCAGCUCAUGGACAGCGACAUGGAGCAGUACGUGCUCAACUGUGAUCUGUAUCCUACGAAGGACGCGAUUCUUGCACGAUUGCUGAGUGCAAGCGCCGAGGUCCGUCAAGGCACCGGUCGCCAUGCUGUGGUUAUCGACGGUGAGUGCUUGGAGAUGGCUCUGGCAGACGAUCAGUGUCAGCAAGAGUUUUUGUCGCUGGCCAUGGCCUGCGAGGCUGUGGUGUGCUGUCGUGUGUCACCCAGUCAGAAAGCUGAGGUGGUGUCACUAGUGCGUGCUACGAACAGAAAGGUGCGAACGCUGGCGAUCGGUGACGGUGCGAACGACGUAGCUAUGAUUCAGCGCGCGCAUGUUGGCGUUGGUAUCUCGGGCCAAGAGGGUAUGCAGGCUGUGAACUCAAGUGACUAUGCGAUCGGGCAGUUUUACUUCUUAGAGAAGCUGCUUUUGCACCAUGGCCGCCUGAAUUACAAGCGUAUGGCUAUUUUGGUUGGGUACAUGUUCUACAAGAACAUCGUGAUGGUACUAGUGCAGUACUUUUACAUGUUCUUCACGGGUUCCUCUGGCCAGAAGUUCUACGGCGAGCUGGGGUUCCAGCUUUACAACGUCAGCUACACUUCCAUUCCGAUCAUUGUGCUGGGUGUCUUUGACUACGACGUGCCUUUCGAAGUGAGUCGAUUCUUUCCUGAGCUGUACCUGGUUGGACCGCGCAUGGAGCUUUUUAACAACUACACGUUCUUCAAGUGGAUUUGCAGUGCUGUCUAUGAAGCGGCUGUCAUCUUUGUGUUCGUGGCUUACGCCUUCAACGAGAAUUUAUCUAAUGUGGGCAGCGCGCCUAUGGUUCAGUAUGGACUGCUCGCGUUUACGAUGGUGGUUUUGGUGGCCAACAUCAAGUUGUUAAUGGUGCAGAUGUCUUGGAGCCCUUACGCUGUGUCGUUGUGGCUGUCGGGUAUAAUCGCGUACAUCCCCCUCACCCCUCUCGUUUCGAGCUACUGGGUUGCCAUGUUUCCGACGGAGUUCGGCAGCUUCCAAAAUACACUAGGCCAAGAGACGUACUGGCUGGUAAUCCCAGUCUGUCUAGUCGUUGCGCUCCUUCGUCAUUUCACUUGGACAGCCGUCUGCCGCCGAUUCUAUCCGCUUCCGUGGCAGAUUGUCCAAGAGCAGUAUGUCUUGCACAAGGACAAGUACUCGACGCAAAAUCGGCCAAUGCCUUACAUUGACGUCGAAGUAGGCGGCACAUCGCACAACGGCGAAGGCGCUUUUACCGAUACAUCGUCUCCUGGUCGCGACACGCGACCGCACGAGUAUGCACAUGCAUUGGGUCGGUUCGAUCGCAAACCGCGCGGGUCUGGUAGUGGGUUCGCGUUCAGCCAUGACCCGCAGACUUCUUUGGCCGAGUCGUACAUCUCAACGCACGAUGUGCGUCAAUCGUCGUCCGCAAUGGAGGAUGCUGAGCACCGCAGCAGCAGGUCUCGAGAAGACUCGCGAAGCUCUGACUACGAGUCCUCGCGCUCGGGUGCUGUCGGGGAUUCUACGAGAGCAACACGAUCUUCGGGGUUGUUCGGUUAG